UUUUGCCCCAGACUUGUGGUUAACAAAACCGUUGUACAAAAAUAGAAUCAUAGCAGAAAAGGAAAUUUAACUCAUGACUUGAAGCAGCCAAUCAGAUAAAAGCUUCUGGAACAGAAAACUCAGUGCUUUCAUCAUCAGGUCACUUUUCAGCAGCUCCACCUUGAGGGUGCUUCCCUGUCUAAAGAUGAUGCCUCUGUGGAUUCUUGUCUUAUCUCUUAACAUAAGAACCCAAGCUGUGGAUUUUUCCAGACCAUCGUUUCUCUCGGCCAAACCUGGAGAACGUAUUACUCUUAACUGCUCAUUUGGACAUUUUAAUCCUAAAGAAAGUCUUUUCUGGUACAAACAAAAAAUUGGAGAAAUGCCUCAAGAAAUAGGAAAAAGAAUAACGUAUAAGGACAUCGACAUUUCGACUGAGUUUAAGACGUCAGGAUUUGUAUUGGAGGUAAAAGAUAAGAACUUUUCUCUGAUAAUUCCACAUAUAAAAGACAAAGACGAAGGACUUUACUUCUGUGCAAAAAGUUUCCUGGACGAUAUUUUUUUAUCCAGUGGAACGUUCUUGGCUGUAAAAGGUGACGGAGAUGCAAAAGUCUCAGUGUUUCAGCGCGGCCUGUGGGACUCGGUCCGGUGUGAGAGCGGCUCUUCUACACACACCUAUGUGUACAACUUCUCCAAAAACCUCCUCAGCCUCAAUGAUACUGGAACUUACUACUGCGCUGUGGCACUGUGUGGGAAGAUCAUCUUCGAGAACCGUACAGAAAUACAGAUGGAGAAAGGUCCAGAAUUGGUGAUCUACCUCCCUGUAGUGGUGGUCGUGUGUGUGGUUGUGAUCUUCGCUCAAACUUUUUUAAUCUGUAAAAUGAGAUACUGGGAACAAUUUAGAGUGAGAUCUCAAAAAUGUUCUGCAACAGAAAAAAACUCCAGUCAGGGUCACGAUGCAGAGGAGUUGAAUUACGCUGCUUUACAUUUCAAUAAGAAGAAGAAGAAUACCAAGAGAAUGAAAAGAAAGGGAAAUGAUGCUGAAGAUUUUUGUGUUUAUUCUACAGUGAGAUCUGAGACCUAGAAUAAAUCUGUUAAAAUAAUUAAUUAAUUAAUUAAUAAUUUUUUUAUUUAAUUUAUUAAUUCAUAUCUUAUAUCUUUAUCAUAUAUAUAUAUAUAUAUAUAUUCCCAAGAAUGACUGAUUGUGAUAUUAGAUCUGAGAGGUUAAUUUUAUGUCUAUCUUUCUGUGUGAAGAUCAAAGCCAUCAAACAUUUUCUUCAUGUAGUUAUAAUAGUGUUUAGUGACAAAAUAAUCUACACACUUGCGAUGUGUUAAUUCCAUAAUUGUGCAUGAUGAAACUUGCUCCAAAGCAUUUUUAGUUUUUCUAUAUUAAAGUGAACAUUUCCUGCUCUCAUAACUAUCUGUUUAAUCACUCUCACUCUCAUUCAUUUUCUACCGCUUAUCUGAACUUCUCGGUUCAUGGGGAGCCUGUGCCUAUCUCAGGCAUCAUCGGGCAUCGAGGCAGGAUACAU